AUGGCGUGUCAAGUCAAAGGGACAGCUUUCAUCACGGGCGGCGGAUCAGGAAUCGGCAAGGCCACUGCACUGGCAUUCGCGAAGAACGGAAUUGGCGCACUGGCCCUCGCUGACCUAAAUAUCUCUGCCCUGGAAAGCACCUGCCACGAAAUCAACAUCCAAUUUCCCAACGUUCAGGUCGAAAUGCUCCAAGUGAACGUUGCGGAUGAGGCAUGUGUGGACUCGGCCGUACGAAAGACCGUUGAACGGUUUGGCGGUAUCGAUAUUGGCAUCAAUUGCGCCGGUAUCAGUGGCAACCCGACGCCUACCGACCAGAUGUCCCUGUCGGAGUGGCAGAAGGUCAUCGAUAUCAACCAGACGGGUCUCUGGCUCUGUCAGCGGGCUGUGAUCCGGCAGAUGCUAACCCAGGAAUCGCGAGGUCUCCGUGAAGGACGAGGAGUCAUUGUUAAUGUCUCUUCCAUGUUCGGCAUUGCUGGUCCACCGAGUCCUUCCGGGAUUCCGCACUACACUGCAGCAAAGCAUGCGGUGGUUGGUCUAACGAAGAUGGAUGCCAAGGCAUACUCCCGACAGGGAAUCCGCAUCAAUGCUAUCUGCCCUGGCUUCGUGGAUACUCCAAUUCUCAGUGAUCACUUCGAUUCGAUGAAGCCCCUCUUCGAGGCCACACCUAUCGGUCGCCCUGCACAAGUGGAAGAAAUUUCCGACGCACUGCUCUUCCUGUCAUCAAGCAUGAGCAGCUACAUAUGCGGUGCAGCGUUAGUGGUGGACGGUGGUAACACUGUCUAG